AUGUUACUGAUUGACAACACCCUUCGCGAAGUCCCAUUGGCUGAGAUAAUCGUAGAUACACCUUAUCUGAGAGGUCAGGUUGAGGCACAAUGCCUCCCUGAGACAAUCUAUGAUCUCAUUAUCGGCAUCGUCCCUGGGGCGAGAGCUCCGAACGAUCCUGACCCCACCUGGCAAGAGACAUCAGCUGUAACCACCCGUGCCCAAGCCAGAAAGAGUAGUACCCUGAAGCCACUUCGGAUUCCUGAGGAACUUAGGGGAUUGGCCGUGGACCGAAAUGAUCUUAGUCGGUUACAAAAGGAAGACCCGAGCUUGGAGAAGUAUCGCAGUCAGACGGAUCCGAGGAAAAUCCAUGACGGUGAGGUGUCAUUUGAGGAGAAGAACGGUAUACUUUUUCGGGUGUUCAAGAUUUUCGAUGCAAAUGGUGAACAGACGAUCCGCCAGGUGGUGGUGCCGCAACCGCUUCGACAGCAAGUCAUGAACGUUGCUCACAGUUCCAUUCUAGGGGGUCACCUCUGUGUGAAGAAGACCACAGAUAAGAUCACUAGCAACUUCUACUGGCCAGGCAUCCACAGUGAUAUAACUAGAUUUUGUCAGUCUUGUGAUAUAUGUCAGCGGACAGUUGCAAAGGGAAAUGUCUCGAAGGUGCCAAUAGAGAAGAUGCCACUGCGUUGGUCGUCAUGUAUAGUCGCCUGGGUGUCCCAGAGGAAGUCCUGA